AUGAAAUUCAGUGAAAAACAAUUUGAAGAUGAUUUAAAGAAAUUUGUCUCAAAUUUCAAUCAGACUUAUGAUGAACAGUUCAAGGUGGUCAAAGUACGGUAGUUUUUAAACUAGUUUUAAAUUAUUGUAAUUAUAUCAUUAAUUACUUUUCGGAAAAAAAUUUUACUUUUUUAGGAUUCCACAUUACACCCAUCGGCUGAACUUCGAUCAUUUAAAUGUUUGGCUGAUUCUACCCCUUGUGUUCAAGUAGUGUCUAUUGUAUACAACAAGAUAUACGAAUGUCCCCAGUUAUUUUUCAACUACUACACCGAUAAUGGUCAGUUGAUACUAUUUGAUAAGAUAAAACAACAUCUUCAAAAGGUAGCAGCGCCAUCAGAUGACAGUAUAUGGUCCUACAUAUCUCAAAACGAACAUCCCACCAAAGGAAUAGCAUUUUACAAUUUACAUCCUUGUAAAACAGUCGAGUUUUUUGGAGAAUUAGAGGAUUCUGAAGGCUUGAAUACCAUAGAAUGGUAAGUUCUCAAAAAAUAAGUAUUAUUACUAUGAUACGUACGGUUUAUUAUAUUUAAGGUUAAUAAUUAAGCCUUUUUAAUAUAAUUAAUAUUUAUUAUUGAAAUAACUUAAGUUCCUGAGUUUACAAACCUCAAUAUACCCGUUUACAAUUGAACCAAAAGAAUGUAAAGCAAGAUCCUGCUGUUAUCACUAGAUAUGACGAUAUAGUGUUAUAAAAUGGCACUAAGUGACAAUACAGUGACAAUAAGUUAAUAUAAAGUUAUUGAUACAAUUAGACCUUAACAAUUAAAACAAUUACCUAAAAUAAAUAAUUAAGUAGUUUAUAGUUGGUUAUCAGUAUUCGGAGCAUUUUUGGGGUUGGACUUGGAGUCAGUUAGGACGUGA